CAUGUCAUGCACUUAAUGUGACAAACCAACCUAAGUUUCUUCCUCCCUCUUUCCUUCUUAUUCACUACUUAACCUUAGCUCUCCUUUCUAUCUUCCUCUUCCUAUAGCUUCUUUUUGAUUGACCUUGUUUCUCUCUCUAUAUGUAUGGGUGUAAUAGAUAUCAUGGAUGCCAAGGGUACUAGUUCAUUAGGGAACCCUAACCCUAAUAUUCUCACUCCACAUCCUUCCAAGUCCUCGGUGGCCAUCCGUUUCCUCCGCGUCCUCUCGCUCGUCCGCCACACGGCCUCUUCGUCGCCCUCCUCCCGAGCUUGCAGGAUCCGACGUGCCGCUUGCUCCUGCAUGGCGUACUCGGCCGGCCCCCGCCGGGCUUGGAGUCGCGCCUUGCUCCGUAAACUCGUCCGCCGUCGGCGCAAGCCUCCCCGUCGUGACCUCCCCAGACCGGCGGCGAUAAUUCGAAGGCGCAGACCCGUCGGUGGAGAUCGGUUGGAGGUCGCGCUCCGGCGGGUGGUGCCGGGGGGAGCUGGCAUGGAGUACUGCAGGUUGCUUGAAGAGGCGGCUGACUACGUGAAGUGCCUGGUCAUGCAGGUAAGGCUCAUGCAGAGCAUUGUGGAUUUUGAGUCUCAUGUUCAUUCGGUCAAUAAGAGAUCAGAAAUCGACCCAGGAGAUCGAAAUUAGGGUUUUAAGCUUUGCUAGAAACAUGCAGGCAAUUAGGGUUCCAUGCAGUGAAUAUGAACGAGGAAGAACACGUUAACUUCCCUAGCUAUGUAAUUAAUUAUAUAUACAUGUAUGAAUGUUUUAGUUAUAUAUACAAGUAAUGUUAACUUAAAAUAUUAUGUGAAUUAAUUUAUUAGUUAUCAUAAGUAUGUUCUUGAGUGAUUUCUAAUUACAAGGAAAUGUUGAGGAUAAUUAAGUAGAAGAAUGAAUUGAAGCUAGACUUGUUAAUCAAUUGAUUUAUGAAAGUUUUGGUUGUUAAUUGAGGAUUAGGUGGGUAUAUAUGCAUGUGAAUUAACAGUUUUUAGUGACUUUAUUUGAGAAUUGUUUUUUUUUAAGCAUUGGUGAAUCUGAAUUUUAUUGGAAAGUAAAUUGGAAUUCCAAUUAAUUUAUU